GGGGAGCGGUCGUGAGGGGAGCGGCCGUGAGGGGAGCAGGGAGCCGCCAUGAAGUGCGUGAUCGGGGGCGCGCAGCUCCGAGUGUUUGGAAGAGCAAUACAUGCCAUAGCACGGAUUAGUGAUGAAUUUUGGUUUGACCCCAUAGAAAAAGGUCUUGCCUUAAGAUCAGUGAAUUCCUCGAGGUCAGCAUAUGCAUGUGUGUUCUUCUCAUCCAUGUUUUUCCAACAUUACUGCUGGACAGCUGUGUCCCAGCCCUGUCAGAAGGAGAAGCAGUUAUCCCUCCCCUGCAAAUUGAUAAUUAAGUCAGUUCUCCCUGUGUUUAGAUGUGUGAAUGUGCUGGAAAGGAACGUAGAGAGAUGCAGCAUCUCCACCAGCCCCAGUGAUCACCACAUCACCUUCCAGCUCCUCUGCAGGCAUGGUGUUGUAAAAACCUAUAACCUGACAUUUCAAGACUGUGAUCCCUUGCAGGCUGUUUUUGCAAAGCACAUGUGUCCAAACAUUCUUAAAGUCCACUCCAGGCUGCUGGCUGAUGUGAUGAUUCACUUCCCAACCAGUCAGGAAGAAAUAACCUUGUCAGUAACUCCAAUGAAAGUUUGUUUCAAGAGUUACACUGAGGAAGACACUGACUUUUCAAGGACAAUGCUUACUGAGAUACAGCUCAGUCCAGAGGAAUUUGACUACUUUCAAGUUGGAGUAGAUUCUGAAGUGACAUUUUGCCUUAAAGAAUUGAGGGGGCUGCUGGCGUUUUCCGAGGCCGCAAGCGUUCCGGUGUCCAUCCACUUCGACAGAUGUGGGAGACCCAUUGCUUUCAGCAUUGAGGACCUGCUGCUGGAGGCCAGCUUUAUCCUGGCUACCUUGUGUGAGGCUGAGGAGGAGGCAGCUACCCCAGAGCCUGCCUGCUGCCCACGGCCCUGGGACAGCUCAAGGACUGGCAUGGAUAAAUCUGACCAGACCUCUAUGGAUGGAACCAGGAAUGCAGACACAGCCACUUCCAAAAAGCCACAGCAGAAGGGAAACACUCCAAGCAUGGUCUCUGCAAAACCCUCAAAUGCUUUGGCAAAACAAGAGGUAAAAAACAUCCCCAGAGGCUCAGAGAGGGAUGUGCCAGGCAGAGCAGGAGCAGCCAUGGCCAAGGCAGCAGGAGGAGAGGCCACAGAGGCUCCUUAUGAAAAGUUCCACUCCUUAUUCUUUGGAGCUGUCUCUUACAAGGAGAAGGAGGCCAUUGGUGACGCGUUCCAGAGUUUGGUGACAGCCAGUGACACUGAGGAGGAGUUUGGUGCCUUGCAGAGCUCCCAGGUUCUGUAGUGCAGGGUCGGGGGGCAAGGACAGCCAGUGGGGAGUGCCCAGGAGGGAAGGGCAGUGCAGGCCCAACCUCUGUCACUGUGCUGUGACCCAGCAGCACAGAACAUUCUGGAACUGUCAGUGCUCUCAUAGUGGCACAAAUUUAGGUCAGGACUGACUCCGUUGAGGUUUGUGUGUUCUGCAGGAGCUGCUGGGGGCUCUGCUCUCAGAACACUGUCACUUGAGAGAGGCUCAGUUUGAAUUCAAACUCUGUUACCACAUCAGGCAAAUGAAGCUGCUGUUCUGGCUAAGGGUGCUGGAAAAAUAACCCAACUAUGCAAUAACCAGCUGUGUCACAGCAAACCCAGCUCAGCUCCAGGAGAACUCAGGUUUGUACAGAGACUCUGCAGAACCAGCGUUUAACUGAAAAACCAAAGUUGUCACAGAACUGCAUUUAAAAAAAUAAAGGUUUGUGUUUCAG